AUGGCCCAGAGCCCGGGGCGGGCCCCGGAGCGCAGCGAUGUCCCGCGGGACGGAGGCGAGGACGAGGCGGCGGCGGGGGCUCGGCCCGGGCUGUGCCCCGGAGGAGCGGCCGAGCCCCCGGACGGACCCGCGGAGCUGAGCCCGGAGCCCCCCGGGGACAGCGGCUGCCCCGAGAGCCCGGGGACAGCGAGCGGGGAGCGCCGGGACCCCGGCGGGGACAGCCCGGGGGUGGCAGAGCCCGAGGGAGAGGCGGUGGCACCGGCGGGGACGGCGCAGGACAAGACGGCCCCGGCAGCGACAGAGCCCGAGGACGGCGCCGUGCCCCCGGAGGGGACGGAGCCCGAGGGCGCAGUGAUUGCUCCGACGGGGACAGAGCCCGGAAAAGCAGCGUCGGAGGGGACGGAGCCCGAGGACGUGGUGGUGGCUCCGGCAGGGACGGAGCCCCAGGUGAGAGAGGCGGUGAGGGAAGAAGCCCCGACGGAAAAAGAGCCCCAGGAGGCGGCGAUGACAGAGCCAGAGCCUGAGGUGGCUGCGGUGACAGCCCCGACGGGGACAGAGCCCGGGCAAGCAGAGGUGACAGCGCCAUCGAGGACAGAGCCCGGACAAGCAGAGGCGACAGCGCCAUCGAGGACAGAGCCAGGGGAUGCACAGGUGACAGCCCCGGCGGGGACAGAGCCCGGGGAAGCAGAGGCGACAGUCCCGGUGGCGACAGAGCCCGGGGAAGCAGAGGCGACAGUCCCGGUGGCGACAGAGCCCGGGGAAGCAGAGGUGACAGUCCCGGUGGCGACAGAGCCGGGGGAAGCAGAGGCGACAGUCCUGUCCAGGACAGAGCCAGGGGAAGCAGAGGUGACAGUGCCAUCGAGGACAGAGCCCGAGGAAGCAGAGGUGACAGCCCGGUCCGGGACAGAGCCGGGGGAAGCAGAGGUGACAGCGCCAUCGAAGACAGAGCCCGGGGAAGCAGAGGUGACAGUGCCAUCGAAGACAGAGCCCGGGGAAGCAGAGGCGACAGCCCGGUCCGGGAUAGAGCCAGGAGAAGCAGAGGUGACAGUGCCAUCGAGGACAGAGCCCGGAGAGGCGCUGGGACAGGCGGUCCCAGGGGGAACAGAGCCCGAGGAGGCUGUCGCGGCAGCCCCGGCGGGGACAGAGCCCGAGGAGGCUGCAGUGACAGCUCCAGAGGGGACAGUCCCCGAGGAUGUGGAGCAGGAGGCAGCCGCGGCUGGGACAGUCCCUGAGGAGGGGGCGGCCCCGGUGGGGACAGUCCCCCGGGAGGCACUGGGGACAGACCCCGAGGGUGCUGUGCAGGAGGCAGCUCCGGCUGGAGCGACAGUUCCAGAGGAUGCGGUGCAGGAGGCAGCUCCGGCUGCUGUGACAGUCCCCGAAGAGGCGCUGGGGACAGUCCCUAAGGAUGAGCUGCAGGAGAGAGCCCCGGCUGGGACAGUCCCUGAGGAGGGGGCGGCCCCCUUGGGGACAGUGCCCGGGGAUGCAGUGCCGGUG